UGGCCCAGAAGAAAGAAAAAUAUUUUACUUUAUCCAUUGUAUAAACUCAAUCUACUAUAAAAAAUAUUUUUCUGUAUUCUGGGCCAGAAUUAUUUGAAAAAAAAUAAAAAUAUAAAUAUUGCGAUCCUUUCACGUCAGCAUUCUCUGUGUGUGUGAUUUUUCACUGUUUUUUUUACAAAAAACGAUUUAGGAUACCCUAGCACUUGAGCUACAGCACUCUCCUUUUGAGAAUCUCUUUUUUUGGUACAAAAUAACAAUUUAGCCCUGCGCCCCCAUGAAAAUCCAAAAAAAAUUUAUUUUGACACACCCUAAUGAUCAUAUACAAAUGAUAUUUCGUUAAUCUAAUAUCAAACUAUGGAAGUACUGUGUUACUUAAUGUUUUUCUGCAUCUAAAAUUAAAAAAAAAAAACUGAUACAUGCGCUACAAUGUUACAGCAACUAAUAGUCUUUGCAAUAUCCGAAGUUCAUUGAAAACUUAUUUGCAAUAGCAUAAACCUUGGAGAGAAUAUAUUCGAUUAGUUACCUGGUCAGCAUCCGAGAUUCCUGUGUAAUACAUUUGCCUUAAUUGCUAAUAGUUUUUGGAUGAAUUUAAGAAUUGCACAUCCGAACUCUGUGUUCGUCGUACAGAAUUCCAUCCUAGCCCCGUCAGUGCGUACAUUUAUGUCGAAUUUGUGUUUUUACCUCACUUAUAAGGUAUUGAAUAUCACAUGGUUCCAGACACAAUUUAAAUGAUCAUACGUAAUGACAAUUAUAAUACUGGCCAAGUGAAAUCAGGAUAUCUCUCGAUAUAUACAUAUAUAUAUAUGAAUAUAUAUAUAUAUAUAUAUAUAUACAUAUACAUAUACGUAUAUAUAUCUAUAUAUGCAAAGUAAUUUAAUAUAAAAAUAAUAAUAAUAAGUAGGACUUAUAAAUAUAUACUAUUGUAAGGAUAAGUAAAGUAAGUAAAUGAAAAUACAAAUACAUGUUAUAUAUUCAUAGAUUUGUAGUUUAUUAAGAGCGAAAAAUCGGCCUAGGCGUUUAUUUUUACUCCCCCUGAUAGAAAAAAAUUCUCAGCUAAUUUUCAUGAAUUUUUUUAAAAAAUUUUGCUGGAAAUAUGCAAUGUUUCCGAACAACUCAGUGUAUUCUAUAUUAGUUCUGGACAAGUUUGAAUUAUUCUGAUAAUAUCUGGGGAAUUUCAAAAAAUUUUUGAGAUUUUCUGGAAUGAACUUAUUCUUUCGGAAGUUUAUCUUUUAUUGACAAUCCGAAAUAAUCAGAGUUUUCAAAAAUCUGAUUAUUUGUGUUAAAGUCGGUUACCACGCGAAAAUCGAAUGAAAAUCUGGGAACUCAAGACUCUUUCCUAAUAAAAAUGUGAAAAACUCUGAUUUAUUUCCUUCCUUUCUAUUAUCAUCUAAUAGAGGUGAAAAUCCCACAAAUUUCACGAAAUAAAAAUUAGAUUUUUUCUGAGAUCCAAUGGUUCUGCGUAUUUAUAUGACAUCUAGGGUCCUGGGUUCAAGAAUCGAACUCUUGUCUGUAUACAAACAAAACCAUGCCCGCGAUAUUGCUUCAUAUCAACUUCAAUUCUUGCAUGAUUCUUGCACUGUGGCACUGAUCAAAGUAGCCAUGGAUAGAAGACUUGUAAACACGGAAGGGUGAAUAGGAGGGUUAGUUAGAUAUUCUAUAAAAAAAAAAUCACCUUAAAUCCGAUUUCCAUCUUCGUUAAUGUAAUCAGUAAGAAUUAUUCAAUCCGAAAUAAUUAAUAUACGGUAAGGAAAUGUCCGAUCAAAAUAUUAUCGGAUUAUGUAUACUAGUCUGCUUGGCUGUAGUAUUUAAUUUUUCACUUCAUCGAAUUGAGGAGGGUCAUGUUGGUGUAUAUUUUCGGGGUGGCGCGUUGCUUUCACACGUCAGUAGUCCGGGAUUUCAUAUGAUGGUCCCUCUUUUAACUUCAUAUCGUUCAGUUCAGGUAACUUUACAAACGGACGAAGUUAAAAAUGUUCCCUGCGGAACGAGUGGAGGUGUUAUGAUUUAUUUUGAUCGAAUAGAAGUUGUGAACAUUCUGGAUGCAAACAGUGUUUACAACAUGGUGAAAAACUUUACUGCAGAUUACGACAGGACUUUAAUAUUCAACAAAGUUCAUCAUGAAUUAAAUCAAUUUUGUUCUAUGCAUAGUCUUCACGAAGUUUACAUAGAUUUAUUUGAUCAAAUCGACGAAAAUUUAAAGUCUGCUCUACAGACUGAUCUCAAUGAAUUGGCGCCAGGACUCAGCAUCCAGGCAGUUCGCGUUACAAAGCCAAAAAUACCAGAGACUAUUAGGAAAAAUUACGAGUUGAUGGAAGCAGAGAAGACGAAGUUACUUAUAUCGAUACAGCAUCAAAGAGUAGUGGAAAAAGAUGCAGAGACGGAUCGUAAAAAGGCAAUAAUCGAAGCAGAAAAAGAAGCCCAAGUGGCAAAGAUUCAGUUCGAUCAAAAGAUCAUGGAGAAAGAAUCAUUACAGCGAAUGGCGUCUAUUGAAGAUGAGAUGCAUCUAGCUCGACAGAAGAGUCGGUCAGAUGCUGAUUUUUAUCAAAUGGAACGACAAGCCGAGGCAAACAAGUUACUAUUAUCCAAAGAGUUUCUGGAGCUCAAGAAAUACGAAUCUCUAGCUCAGAAUGCCAAAGUGUAUUACGGAGCUGACAUCCCAAAAAUGUUUACACUCGGAGGCUGUUCCAGUGAUCCUACUUUGGGCGCUGAUGCAAAGAUCUCGCGGAAAGACGCGACCAUUGUUAGUGAUUUCGAACAGACAAAAUAAUUUCACGUAACGUUAGAAAGAAUGAGUGAUUUUUCGGAAGUGCGCUUGUACAUACCUAUAUAUAAUAUACUAAUUAUUGUUUGUUCGAAUACAAAUAAAUUACAGUAACUUACCUCGGUAAGACGUGAUUAUGGUAAAAAAAUGUGUAUUUUUGAAGCAUUAUCUGUAUGCUAUGCACGGUGACGCUCAUAUUAUGAACAUUUUUUUGAAAAUUAUUCAUCCUUUCGCCAUUUUCAUAUUGAAUGGGACCACAUCGUCUGAAUGAAAAGUUAGAAAAAGAGAAACAAAUCAUUUAAGAAAUCCAUUUAAGAGAUGAUGGAGAAUCCGUAUGGGAAUAAAUCGGAACAAAUUUGAACAGUACUAGCUAAGAUGUUAAAUUUUUUUUAAAAUCAUUUCUAUUAUACAGGGGACAUGUUGUCUCAUUCGUGUUCACUCGUUGGCGCAAAUGACAUUGCUAAAGAUUUCUUAAACGGUUAUUUCUCUUUUCCCAACUUUUAAUUCAGACGGUAUACACUAUUCAU